CAGAGAAGCUGAGAGAGAGAGUGGAUCUGCAUUAUAAGUAGCUAUGAGAGCAGCAAGUGUCGGGUGUUUUCAAGCUGAUUUUUAAAAGGCUCUUAUGCGAGGAAAAGAGUAAGCGGAGCAAUAAGAGGAGAAACCAAGAAGUGGGACAUCAGUUCUGAAAAGUCUGCUGUGAUUAGGAAGAAAGCCAAGUGCAAAGAAGGGAGGAGGGGAAGCCGAGAGGAACACAAGGGAGCAAUGGAUUGCAGAAAGGCUCGGCCUGACCCCGGGACGGCCUGCUGGAUUCACAGACUGCCGCUGGACGCCGUCCAGCACACGCUCUAGGCUGCGAAUGCCGGAGAGGUACGGGACCGGUCGUCCCCCAAAAUAACAAGCUGAGCACAUAAAUCAACAUUUUAGCACCUUGAAAACACGUCAUCUGAGCACUUUGCUGCAGCAGCAGGGAGUGAAAGCUCCUAUGUGGCUGUCUAGCCAUGCUCCCUGGGUAUGGAUUCUCACCUUUUCCUGAUUUUCAUCCCCACCUUCACGCUUUUCGCUGCCGAGGAGAGAGCCCCAGCAUGUGGAUUCCUGGCUCCGGAGAGUCCCACAGUCCCAGCGAGUCCAAGGAGGGUCGGCCUCUCCUCCAUCCCAUCCAUCCCAACCACGUGGCGGUGUGCCAGCAGGAAACGCUGGCGUUUAUUGAGCUGCAACAACCAGCAUCUUCUAAGUUAAACGGUCUUGGCUCUCAGAGGCAGAGCAUUGAUCCAGAUGGACACUCCCAACCUCUAAAUGGUUUACGACAAACUCUUAAUGAACUGAAUGACGUGCAAAAAGGCAAACACAGGACACACACUGAUCAUGGAAUGAAUGUAAACUCUCCGUCACACGCUGUGGAUGACGCUGAGGUUGUUCAGCAGAACAGCACCAGGACUUCUUGGCAGGACCAAAAUGAGAAGCCUCGGACAGUAACGACAGUUUGCCGGCCACUCCAUGCAGCUCUCAGCCUCCCUCUGUCCUUUCCUCUGUCCUCUUUGUACACAAACAGGGACUCCUGGGAAUGUCAGGUACCUUAUUCCUCAUCCUCACCAGAAUGUCCAGAGUUUCCAGGCCCACACGCCAGCCAGCCUCAGAGGAGAACAUCACAGGGAUCUCUGAAAGAGAAGUCUAUUCGGCGAAAGGUGCAGAUUUAUUCUCCAGACAGCCCAAGCGAUGAAUCACUCAGCAGUCCAAUCCUGGAGGCAGACUACAUCUUCCCUGGACCUUUUGCCUCUUUUCUGGAGGAAGACCUCAGUGGAUUAUCUUCUCUGGAUGCAGCUUCAACUCCCUCGUCCACAGCUGGCACGCCAGAUCUCCCAAGCAUCAGCCACGGAGAUAUUUUCAGUGUUCAGUCAGAACCUUUGCAGAUAAUAGAGGACUCAGAAUCUGGAGCGGAGGAAGAGGAGGGCGGCAUCGUAGAGACAUCGCUUCACCCAGGAGUGAGCUUUUUGCCACGCAGUCGACAAACUGACCAAGAGCGCCGGCGUUUCUCAGCUUCAGAGCUAAUAUCAAGACUGCAACUCACCCAGAGGAAGAACUCGUUCACCUUAAAGCUGGGCAAGUCAUUGUCUGCUCGGGUGGCCUCCAGAGACAAGCAGAGCUCCAACAGCCUGAGCCCCAACCUGGACUAUAAGUAUAACUCUAGACAUCGCAGCUCAGGAGGCUCUAGUGACAGCGGCACCUACAGUCCUGUUGGAACUGGGCUUCCGCUGCCCAGUGGCGACAAUGGGAUGUCUUCUCAUCGGUGGAACUCUAAACUUGGAAUACGAAAGAAAUCCAUAGAGGAAGACUUGAGCAUACCUUCAUCAUUUUCCACUUCAAAUCGCCUGUCACGUUUUCUGCCAAGCUCGAUCCUCUACCAGGAGUACAGCGACGUGGCAAUCAACCGAGAGAUCCAGAGGCAACAAGGGAAGGAUCCAGGAACAGAGGAGGAAGGACUCAGAGAUGAAGGCUCAGAUGGAACUCCAUCUCCGUCAAAUCUUUCUCCAUCCAGCUCGUUUCGCUCUUCUCGAGGCUCUGCAUUUGCUCUAUGGCAGGAUAUACCUGAUGUGCGAACGAGCGGCCAGUUAGACACCUUCAGCAACGAGGAGAGAAAACUACAGGAGGCAAAGUUUGAGCUGGUAACUUCUGAGGCGUCAUACAUUCGUAGCCUGACGAUUGCUGUGGACCAUUUCAUGUUGUCUCAGGAGCUCACCGAGUGUCUUGGGGCUCAGGAGAAGCAGUGGCUCUUUUCCAAGCUGCCCGAAGUCAAAGAUGUCAGUGAGAGGUUCCUUCAGGACCUGGAGCACAGGCUGGAGAAAGACAUUCUGCGUUUUGAUGUGUGUGACAUAGUCCUGGAUCACUGCCCAGCUCUGAGAAGGGUCUAUUUGCCUUAUGUAACCAACCAAGCUUAUCAGGAGCAGACAUACCAGCGGUUGCUGCAGGACAACCCUCGCUUCCCUGGCAUCCUGGCUCGCCUGGAGGAGGACCCCAUCUGCCAAAGGCUGCCCCUGACCUCCUUUUUAAUCCUCCCGUUUCAGAGGAUCACACGACUCAAAAUGUUGGUGGAGAACAUCUUAAAGAGGACAACACCGGGCUCCAGAGAUGAGGACACGGCCACAAAGGCUUUCAACGAGCUAAAAAAGAUCAUCAAAGAGUGUAAUUCCAGCGUGCAGUCUAUGAAGAGGAUGGAGGAACUCAUCCACCUCAACAAGAAAAUCAACUUUGAGGGCAAAAUCUUUCCUCUCAUCUCCCAGUCCCGCUGGUUGGUGAAGCACGGUGAACUCCUGGAAGUGGACACCCAGAUGAUGAGCAUUUCGGGAUCAAAACUCAAGCUGCCCACCAAGCCGGUGUACCUCCACUUGUUUAACGACUGCCUGCUGCUGUCCAGGAGGAAGGACACAUGGAAGUUCAUGGUAUUUGUGCACGCUAAGAUUGGAGAGCUGAAAGUGAAGGAUCUCAGCCAGAAGCUGCAGGGAAUCUCAGGAUUCAUCUUCCAUCUGCAGCUGUGUGAAGGCCAGCAGCUCAAACAUCAGAUCCUUCUCAAGUCACACACAGAGAGUGGUAAGCAGAGAUGGAUCACAGCAAUGUUUCCAUCUGAUCCGUUUGAAGACAUUGAGCAGGCCAGUGAAAAUGAUGAUAUAUCCCAGGUGCAGUGCAUUAAAAGCUAUCAAGCCCAAGAGCAUGAUGAGUUAACUUUGGAAAAAGCUGAUAUUCUUCAUGCUAAAACCAUUACAUGUGAUGGCUGGGUGGAGGGCAUCAGGCUGUCGGAUGGGGAGCGGGGCUGGUUCCCCAAAACCUACGUGGAGGAAAUCACAAGUCGGAGCGCUCGCCUCCGCAACCUCAGAGAAAACAUCCGCAUCAAAUGUGUCACAGAGAAACUGAAAGGGGAGGACUGAGAGCUUUUACCGCAAAGCUGCGAUCCAGAUGAUCGUUUUCAUUUAAGAUGGAUGGCUGGAAUUCCUACAGUCAGCAGGUGCUGAAAUAAGACUUAUUUUUGCCUCUAACACGUUAAAAAGACAGCAAAAAUAUUAAAUUUUAUUUUACAUUUUCAUCUCAAACUUUUCCCCUGUGUAAGUCUGUAAUAGAAAAUGGCUGCAUUAACAAUUUAAAGCUCAAAUUAUUUAUUUUUUAUGAAAACAUGGUUACGACUAUUUCAGUUCGGUAUAGAGUGAAGAAACUUUGAAACAAGGAUUUAACCCAGAAACAAAAUUGUCUGCAAUUUCUCUGGCUGGAUGUAUCUUCAGAUCGUCCCAUGCAGUCAUGUGAGCUUUGGAAGGCACACAGGAUCGACUUAAGUCAUCAGAUAUUUGCUGCUGCAAUGCCUCAGGACACAAGCUUUAGGCAUCGCUUCUUCUCCUCACAAGGCCUUAAAACUCUGCUCUGUCUUCUGCAUACAACCAAAUCCUGAGCGGAACAGCAGAUAAAUUGAUUUCUCAGGAGAGUUUCUGUAUUUGAAACCAUUAAACCAACACUGAGACAGCGGGAAAUGCUUAAGUCACCUCUUUUUAGGCUUUCAUACCAGAGAGCCAUAUUUGACUGGACUCUUUCACCGAUCAUAAAUGAAUGAGCAGGUGAUGAAGGCCUGUCUUACCUUUUACAGUAGUUUCAAAUUCAUCAAAGUGUAGAAAAAAACGUAUUUUAUUACUCUGCAUAGCUGUUAAAGAAAAACAAAAGUCAACUAAAAAACAGUUGAGUUUUCUGUGAUUAACUGGGCAGGACUACAAAACUGGCUCCUGCCAAAUCUUUGGAAUUUAUGUUUUGAGGAAACGGAAAAAAUCCAGCAAUGACCCAAACAAAGAAAAUAUCCCAGAUAAAGAACUAAUUCACCUAGUAAACAUUCCCACUUGUAUGUAAAACAGUUUAACAAUUGUGUUAUAUAUAUAUAUACAUUUUCUGUUACAUCCAGAAAAUACUGUUUCAUCCCUUGAUUUUAGUUUUCAUCGCCUCUUGAGUUAAACUAGUAAAGAAAUGUUUUUUAGUGAGCGACUGUUCGAGGUCCCAUAAAACACUACAAGAAAGUCUGACUCCUUUCAACUGGAACCAAAGGAAAUAUGUUUUGGCCCGAGUUAUUUUGCAAACUUCUGUUUUUCUAUUUACAAAACAUGAACCCUGAGACAAUGCAUCUCCCUGUGCGGAAGGCAAUAAUUUUCUGUUCAAACUGUUCCAUCAAAAUCUAUAAUUUAGUUGAGUCCUGAGGCGGAUGUAUUUCUGAAAAACGCGAGCAGGUGUUUUGUUUUUUUUUUGCUGUUGUUUUUUUUAGUAAGUUUCAAACACUUUAUCCUUCUGUUGUAAAUUGUUGCCAAAUUUUCAGUGCUGAAAAUAAAAAACCAAAUAAUGAUGAUGCACUGUUUACUACUGACAAAAAGACCUCCUCCUGUGGGGUAUUUGCUGUUUUUUAAGAAUUUGUGAACAGACCAGAAAACGGUUGUUACAGUCGACCUUUUUAUAUUUGUUUCCUGUAUAUAAGGAAAAUAAAGUGUUUGCUAUGAAAAGUGUACAAACACAUUCAGCUCCACUUAAACCUUGACAUACACUCACCUGCAUAAAUGCCAUAUCACUUUAGGGAUUUUCAUGAUUUGGCCAAGAACUGAUUAAACUGCCCGUUUAAGUGUCUUGACACCCUAUGUCAUUAUAUACAGCAGCGUUUCCCAACCCUGGUCCUCGAGGCACCCUGACCUGUUUGUUUCCCUUCAGCACAUCCCUUUCAGAUGAUUACAAUUCAGCAAAAGCCUGUUAAUCAGGGAUCAAUUGAAAUCCUGUGCACUGAAGCAGGGAAACAUGCAGGUCAUUGUGCCUUGAGGACCAGGACUGAAAAACACCUGAUAUACCAACAACCUAACCACUGAAGUUUAAAGUACGUUUUUUAAAGUAAGUGGGGCCUGACUCGUCCGCCAAUGGACCAGAAGAGCAUUGUGGGAUAUGUAGUAUAAGCAUUGCAUGCACUUUUUACCAGUGGGCCAAUCCUUGUAGGGAUUUAGGGAGCAUUCCCUGUUCAGUCCUUGUUAAUCAAACUCUAGUCUGUCUAGAACAUCCAGUUGGGGAGGUGGGAAUGCGCAAUCAAACUGUUGCAGACAAAAAAAUCAAACACAGAUCUGCCUAAAAAUCUCGGUCUCAGUUCAGCUGAAGUGGACUCUGGUGCAGCUCAAGUACAUGUGAAUGCAAGUGGACUGGAAACGGAUCCAAAAGCAGGAAUGGACUAUAGCAUAGAGCAUUCUGGGUAAAUACAACGAAAGCAAUCAUGUGAGUCUAGCACCACCAGAAGAAAUGGUUUGUGGUCAUUUACCAAAGACUCAAGAUAAAUCCUGCAACCGCUAAACUCUGAUGUGAUUUUGUUUACAUUGUGUGAAGAAGGGAGUUGCGCUCAGUGUUGUUUCCUUCAGCAUUUCAUGAUGCAGUGCCACCACAGGUCGGGAGGCGAACAUAUUUUUUCAAAGGAUUUUUGUUUUUGUUUGAUAGUACAGUGAGAAAGCAAAUCACACCAGCUGAAAAUGUAACAAAUGUUGCAAUUUCACUCCCUGGUCGAGCUGACUCUGCUGGACCUUUCUUAGGAUUAUGAACCAGUUAUUUGAAUUCCUAAAAUAAUACGACAUUUAUGCUCAUGAAGUUUGGCUGUAAACUGAUUCCAUUUACGUGUGAAAAAUAUACAUUUUACUUUCACAAAUGCUUAAGUAAAAAAAUGUAUGCGCUACAGACCUGCUCCACUCUGACCUCUGACCCGGCUUUAAGUCAGUGUUUUUCCACUGUAGCUCCUUCCAGUCAGCAUUAUUUGAUGAGCAGCCCAGUGUGACUGAGCUGAGACCUGUUUAUGGACCACUAUAAUUCACUUUUCCAGUGGCACAUGAAAUGUUUCGGACUUUCUGUCAAAUAGUUGUUUGUUGUAAUUUAAACUGUUGCUGUUGUAACAUCUGUAUUUAUGUUCCCCCAGAUUCUGGUGUAAAUGUAUUUUACUGUAGAUGGCGUUGUGUAUCAAGAGUUAGAACUUGGCUUGUUUUCUUUGUGUGACUGUAAUUUAUAUGCAGAGACAUUUGAAUUUGAAUCAUUUCCACCGGUGCUUUUGGUUUUUAACCCUGAUGCCAUUGUCAAUAUAAUGCCAUUAUACACUGGAGUUCUGUACACUACUGUAAAUGUUUCAACCCUCAGAUAAACACUGAUACUGGUUU